UUGAGAAGGAUAUAUUUGCCAGAGUGUGUGUGCGUGUGUGUGUGGGUGUGUGUGAGUUCACAGAACGCUGAGUACAUGUUUGCUCAGUAAGCUCUGGCUCAACCUGUCUGAUAGGUGUGGGCUGGCUGGCACUGACUUGCACAGGUAUGAGGAGAAAUCCAGCACAGUCCUGAGAGAGGAAGGGAACUGCAGCACUUCUGUGACGAGAACUCUUCAUUUCUCACUAAAAUAAGGAGGGAAAGUCAACACACACACAAACACCUGUACUGUACAAAGGAGAGAGGAAAAGGAAACCCUGGGAACCAGGAAAGGCUGCUUUGGACGGAGAAAGACAGAGAGGAGAAGACUUCAGAAUGUGAAAUAACCCAGAGGAGAUUCUUCUACUGCGGUUCGACCAAUGGGUCUGGGAUUCUAAUGUGGCAUUUCAGGCUCUGGGACGUACAAGAUGUUGCUGUGUUUCUCAGCAUCACAUUAUAUAUGUGCCACCUAGUUGGAGCCAUCUCCAUCCAUUCUCCCCAGAGGAGCCUGACCAGGUCAGUCCAAGAUGAUGUGUUUUUCUCAGUGGAUGUUACCUGCAUUGGGAUCCCCACCAUACAAUGGAACUUUAUGUCUGGAGCGGUGAGCCGCACCAUAGGGACUUGGCAGCCGGGGUCAUACACCAACAUAACGGUGGAUUACAGCAGCAGAGUGCAGUCCUUCGACAACGGCUCAAUGGGCCUGUCAGACCUGCGGCUGCAAGACGGCGGAUACUACGUGGUCACUGUCACAGAAGCAACAGGAAGCAGCAAGGACGCCGGCUUUGUCCUGAAAGUGAACGAGGUGCUGUAUGAGGACCUCCAGUACCUGUCUGUCUCAGCCUUAGCACUGGCCUGUAUAGCUGGCCUUCUCAUGCUGGCCAUGUGGCUACUAGACAAGGCGUACAGGAAGAUAGCGGCAUGGAGACGCAGGAAACAGAUGCCAGAAAAUGAUGCAACAGAGCUGCAGCCGCUUUGAUGGACUUCUCGCUGUCGCUCAGGAACACACACCAAAGAGUUCAUCAAACAUACUUUUGUAGAUAAGAUAACCAAGUCCUUUCUUUUUUUAGUUCAACACGUUACAGCCAGGAAGACAGGCUUGUCAACUAUGAAACACUGUGUACUAAGAUGUUUACAUUUGUAUUGAAUACACACGCAUGUACAGCUGAUGACACCAGAUUGAAUGUAAAUAUAUCACUCAUGAAAACAAUACAAACUGUAUUUAUUGUCUAA